AAUUGCUUUCUUGAUUGAAUCAAUAACUUGAAGUACCUGUGAAUUUUAAGAUGUAUUUUGGGAACCCAAGCUUGAUUUGAGACAUAUGCAGUGAUUAUUGCAGUCAAUUGAGUGUUACAAUUUCUGCUGAAAUGGGAGAAUAUAUAUUGUAGAAUUUAGAUGGACACUUUCAUAUGGUAAUAUUAUGACACUUAUGCAGCUAAUUUUUUAACUGUCAAUACUCUGCUUUAAUUUCUGGUGUGCUGUCUGACUCAACUAGCGCAAGCUGAAUGGAUCUUGUGUUUGUCGGUCUUCUUCCUUCUCUGUUUUCUUUUUUUGUCCUUUUCAUUUUCUCGUUGAGGAAGAACUUGAUUUUCCAAAGAAUGAAGGAUCUUUAUCUGGUAGCAUUAACAUUCUUUCCCCUGCUGGCUGCUGCAUUGGAUUGCUAUUCUUUUUGCUUUUUCUGCGUUGAGUUGAAGGCAAGUCGUGCAAUUGAGUUGAAGAAUCAUUCUUUACUACAUGGAAAAGUGAUAAGGGUCAUGUGGUCUCGUUGCGAUCCUGAUGUGAGAAAAAGUGGCAGAGGGAAUGUUUUUGUUAAGAACUUAGCUGAAUCCAUAGAUAAUGCGGGAUUACAUGAUUUAUUUCUAAAGUUUGGAAAUAUCUUGUCCAGCUUUGGGAAUUGCUUUGGUGCUUCAAAUUGGUUUAGAGGGAGGGAUGAUAGUGAUACUGCUGAGAAGCCACGGAACGAGAGUGCAGAAUUUGUUGAAAGGAUAAAAGCCAAGUCUCAUGAUUGA